UCCAUGUGACAACUUAUGUGGGUGACCAAAUUGCUUGCUAAUGUCGCCCUCUUCGGUACGAAGUUCAAACUACAAACUGUAAUUUCCUCUUUCCAUUCCUCCAUACUCUUAAUGGUGAUUCAUUGGAGUUUCGUUUAACAAAUUCGAGUAGUUGUAAUAUUCUUAAUAAAUAAGUUUUGUUCUAAGUGUAUACAAAAAAAAAAAAAAAUAGUUUAGAAAUAUAGACGAUAUAUAUUUCAUUACUUCUUGAUAUAAUCGUACUUAUUUAGCAACCAUUUUUCAACGUUCUGCCACGUUUGUAAAGCUUAACACUUAGGUGAAGUUUGUACGGUUUUCCGGUUUAAGCUGAUAUUUAGCGUAAAAAGAAGGAAAUAGUUGGAUAUCGCAAUAGAUAUAAAAAAGAUACAUCAUGGUCAACGUCAAUCCAAGAGUUUUCUUUGAUAUAGAAGUAGGUGGACUUCCUAUGGGCCGCAUAAUCUUUGAACUCUUUGCGGACAUAUGUCCUAUUACAUGUGAAAAUUUUCGUGCUCUAUCUACUGGUGAAAUAGGAGUUGGAAAAACAACUGGGAAACCAUUACAUUAUAAAGGAAUUGUAUUUCAUAGAGUUGUAAAAGAUUUUAUGAUUCAAGGUGGUGAUUUUGUAGUAGGUAAUGGUACUGGCGGAGAAUCUAUCUAUGGCGGUACAUUUGCAGAUGAAAAUUUUAUUUUGAAGCAUAAUAAGCCAUUUUUAUUAUCAAUGGCAAAUCGUGGUAAAGAUACAAAUGGAUCACAAUUUUUUAUUACAACACAACCAGCGCCUCACCUCGACAAUGUCCACGUCGUUUUCGGAGAAGUAGUGUCUGGCCAGGAAGUUGUUAUGCACAUUGAGGGUUUACCUGUUGAUCGUAUGUCCCGUCCAUUGCAGGAUGCUAAGGUUGUGAAUUGUGGAGAAUUAGUAUUGAAAACUAAAAGUAAAGGAAAAAAACACGAAUCAAAACGUAGUUCUUCAGAAUCAGAUUCUGAUUCUCAUGCAGAGAAAAGCAAGAAAAAAAAAAAUAAAAAAAGUAAGAAAAGGGUUAAAUCAGAAGAUGGUGAAAUCCAUGAUUCAAACGAAGAUGAAAAUGAGAAACCUCAUCCACUUGUAUCCGUUACAAAAAUCGAUCCUGAUGAAAUACCUGAGGUUCCUGCAAAUAAAUUUUUAUACAGAGCAGGACCUACAAACAAUGCUAAUCAAAAAGAAUUUCGACAACAUUUUGGCAGGGAACGUAUACGAUUACGUAGAAAGACUGGACGUGUCUUUAAAGGACGAGGUGUAUUUCGUUAUCACACCCCUUCGCGAAGCCGCUCUAGAAGUGUAACUCCACCACAUUGGAAGCAAGCACAAAAUCGUACUAUCAAAUUACAUGAAUUUCAGAAAUUGGAAAAGGAACGAUUAAAAAAGGAAGAAGAAGGAGGCAAAUCCGAAGGCGAUAAAAUAGAUAAGUUUGAAGAGCGGAUUGAUAAAGAUAAUUAUUUAAUGGAAAAAUUUGAAAGUAGCGCGUGUAUACCCGAACAGUUGGAAAAUAAAGAAAAUGAUCAAAUAGAAGAAAAGAAUACCACGAAUAAAAGCGUACAAGAGAAUGAAGAUAAUGUAAAUAAAAAUUUGGAUAUUAAUGAAGUGACAUCAAAUGAUAAACUAGAUACAAAACGUAAAAAUGAGAAGUCUAUAAAACAUGAAACUAGUCGAUACGAUAGAUACGAUUCGAGAGAUAGAACCAAAAGACGCAGCAGUAGACGCUCUAGAUCGAGAGGUCGUCAGAGAUCGAGAGAUAGAGAUUAUGAUCGCAGAUCUAGUCGUGAUAGAAGAAGUAGGAGAAAUUAUUCUCCUCGUAGACGUGAUUCAUACAGAACAAACAGAUUUGGCAGAGAUAAUUAUAGAUAUUAUGAUAGACGCAACGAUUACAGGAGAGGUACGUCUAAUGCACAACAUGAUACAGAUGGAAAUACAUCUUAUUUUAAUAGGGAUAAACCAAAGAAAAAUCAGAACAUUUCUGAUUCUGUAGAUCAACCAAAAUUUAAACGACAUUCACGUUCGAGCAGUUCCAGUAGUCAGCACACUAAAGAAUAAAUAAUUUUUGUCUUUAUUCUCUUUUCACACUCGUUCAAAAAUGAAUACAAAGUAAUAGCAUGGAAGUGCUGAUACCUCUUUAUAAAAAUAAACCUUACAUUAUAAUGUUUUCUUAAUCCUGUAUUUGUAAUACGUCAUGCACAUUUUUCGUCUGGAUCCUGGUAAAUUAUAUAAUAAAAAUAAGUACUAUUUUUUGGCAAGUUA